GGGCCGCGCGCCAGACUCCUCCAGCCUGCCCUCGGCAUGCGGGAUCCUUCCCACGAGGCGCGCCGUCCCCGCCGCCGCACGCCCGACCCUGCGGCCGGGGCACGGACGCGGCGACGCCGGGAACGCCGGGCUGGGAGGCCGCGUCGGCACAAACGAACCCCGUGAGACGGGCGGGCUCGGGGUGCGGGGUGUUCUGGACACGGAGGCGCGAAGGAGCGGCUCGGGGAGAAAGGGUUUGUGAAGGAGGGUCACGGAGGGCCCUCCGAGGCCCUGCCGCCGCUCCUGGGACUCUAAUCGCCCAAGGAGAAGGAGCCUCUGCUUCGCUCGCUGCUGUGUUCCUCGGGCCUGAUACGUGUCUGGGAUACACGAGACUCCGGCGGUGUUUGUUGGCUGGAUGUUUGGGUUCAGUCUCGAAGUUUCACCAGGCAGUGGAAAUGGCACGUAUAAAGGACUUGUGCCUUGAAACAGUUCGGCAUGUUCAAACCUGAGAAGUGGGCGUGCGGGAUGGUGGGGGGAGGAGCCAGUGGCAGUAAACACUAUUUGAGCGGAUUAGGGAUUAGUGUGUUUUGUGUGUUUACCGCCUCGCAGCACACAGAUCAGCAUUUGGUACCUUCCCGGGGUUGUGUGUCGGUCACUUCUAUCUCAUACCCGGUUUGAUCACAAUGAAAGGAGACCCCGGAGCCGUUACGCAGUCACUCUCCAUUCCCCGGUCCUCCCAGCAGCUGUCCCCGAAGAUUUGUCUGUUCUGGGUAUUUCAUAUGAAAAGAUUCGCAUCACACGUGGCUUUUUUGUGUCAGGCUUAUUUCACUUAGCAUUUUUGAAACCCAUUCAUGCUGUGGUGUGUAUCAUUACUUCAUUCUUUUUCAGGGCCGAAUAAUACCCCGUCGGAUAGAGAGCAUAUGUGUUUAUCCGUUCUUCACUUGGGUUGGCCCCGCCUUUUGGCUGUUAGGGAAGGACUUUCUAGAUUCAACAAGAUCUAUGAGUUUGAUUAUCACCUGUAUGGCCAGAACGUUACCAUGGUAAUGACUUCCGUUUCUGGACAUCUGCUGGCCCACGAUUUCCAGAUGCAGUUUCGUAAAUGGCAGAGCUGCAAUCCUCUUGUCCUCUUUGAAGCAGGAAUUGAGAAGUACUGUCCGGAGAACUUUGUAGACAUCAAGAAAACUCUAGAGCGAGAGACCCGGCAGUGCCAGGCCCUAGUGAUCUGGACCGACUGUGACCGAGAAGGAGAAAACAUCGGCUUUGAGAUUAUCCACGUGUGCAGGGCCGUGAAGCCCGGCCUGCCGGUGCUGCGAGCACGUUUCUCCGAGAUCACCGCCCGCGCUGUCCAGGUGGCCUGCGAGAACCUGACGGAGCCCGACCAGAGAGUCAGCGACGCCGUGGACGUGAGGCAGGAGCUGGACCUGCGGAUCGGGGCCGCCUUCACCAGGUUCCAGACCCUGCGGCUGCAGAAGAUUUUCCCCGCGGUGUUGGCGGAACAACUGGUCAGUUAUGGCAGCUGCCAGUUCCCCACCCUGGGCUUCGUGGUGGAGAGGUUCAAAGCCAUCCAGGCGUUCGUGCCAGAAACCUUCCACAAGAUUAGAGUGACUCACGACCAUGAGGACGGGACGGUGGAGUUCAGCUGGAAGAGGCACCGUCUCUUUAACCACACGGCGUGUCUCGUCCUCUAUCAGCUGUGCAUGGAGGAUCCCAGGGCGACCGUGGUGGAGGUCAGGUCCAAGGCAAAGAGCAAGUGGAGGCCUCAAGCUCUGGACACUGUGGAGCUUGAGAAGCUGGCUUCUCGGAAGUUGAGGAUAAAUGCUAAGGAAACCAUGAGGAUUGCUGAAAGGCUCUACACUCAGGGGUACAUCAGCUAUCCCCGAACUGAAACAAACAUUUUCCCCAAAGACUUAAACUUGACUGUGCUGGUGGAGCAGCAGACCCCGGAUCCGCGCUGGGGGGCCUUUGCCCGGAACAUUCUAGAGCGGGGUGGCCCCACCCCACGCAAUGGGAACAAGUCUGACCAAGCUCACCCUCCCAUCCACCCCACCAAGUACACGGACAGCUUGCAGGGCAACGAGUGGCGGCUGUAUGAGCUCAUCGUCCGCCACUUCCUGGCCUGCUGCUCCCGGGACGCCCAGGGCCAGGAGACCACCGUGGACAUCGACAUCGCGCGUGAGCGCUUCGUGGCCCACGGACUGGUGAUUCUGGCCCGGAACUACCUGGACGUGUACCCCUACGACCACUGGAGCGACAAGACCCUCCCCGUCUACGAGCAAGGCUCUCGCUUUCAGCCCAGCACCGUGGAGCUGGUGGAUGGGGAGACCAGCCCACCGCAGCUGCUCACUGAGGCCGACCUCAUUGCCCUCAUGGAGAAGCACGGCAUCGGCACGGACGCCACGCACGCGGAGCACAUCGAGACCAUCAAGGCCCGGAUGUACGUUGGGCUCACGGCGGACAAACGCUUCCUCCCCGGGCACCUGGGCAUGGGGCUCGUGGAAGGUUAUGACUCCAUGGGCUACGAGAUGUCCAAGCCUGACCUGCGGGCCGAGCUGGAGGCUGACCUGAAGCUCAUCUGUGAGGGGAAGAAGGACAAGUGUGCUGUCCUGCAGCAGCAGGUCCAGAAGUACAAGCAGGUGUUCAUCGAGGCGGUGGCCAAAGCCGAGAAGUUGGAUGAGGCCUUGUCCCAGUACUUCGGGGAAGCGGCAGCGGCGGCCCAGCAAGAAGCCCUGUACCCGGCUGUGCCAGAGCCCGUCAGGAAGUGCCCGCAGUGCGGCAAGGACAUGGUCCUCAAGACCCGGAGGGGCGGCGGGUUCUACCUCAGCUGCACGGGCUUCCCGGAGUGCCGGUCGGCUGUGUGGUUCCCCGACACCGUGCUGGAGGCCAGCAGGGAUGGGAGUACGUGUCCUGUGUGUCAGCCGCAGCCCGUUUACAGGUUGAAGUUAAAGUUUAAACGUGGCAGCCUUCCCCCGACCAUGCCUCUAGAGUUUGUCGGCUGCGUCGGCGGCUGUGAUGAGACCUUGAGGGAGGUCCUGGACCUCAGGUUUUCACGGGGGCCCCCCAGAGCCUCCCAGCCAGCCCGCCAGCCCCCCGGCUACCUGCAGGCAAGCCAAGCCCUAGACAGAACGGACGGCAACCAGCCCAGCCACCCCCAGCCUCCCGGCACCAGGCCAGCCAGGCCCUCAAGGCCUCUGGCCGGGGCCCUGCCUUCGCCCGCUGCUGGUGGUGACAGCAACUCGGUGACCUGCAACUGCGGCCAGGAGGCGCUGCUGCUCACUGUGCGGAAGGAGGGGCCCAACCAGGGCCGGCAGUUCUACAAGUGUGGCAGCGGGGGCUGCAGCUUCUUCCUGUGGGCCGACAGCGGCCGGCCAGAUGCAGGCGGGCCUCCAUCCUUGGCGCCCAGGCCCUGGGGCGGCCCAGGGAACCCGGGGACUCUUGGCGACAGUGGUGGCGGCACGUCCUGCCUGUGCAGCCAGCCGGCCGUCACCCGCACGGUGCAAAAGGAUGGGCCCAACAGGUGGGUGGACGAGAACGUGGCCCCAGGGACUUUGGGAGGCCCAACCUGGUCAGGAGGUGGAGGAAGAACCCAGGGGCCGGAGGCCAGAAGCAAGAGAGCCCGGGCCGGUUCCUCAGACGCGGGGUCCGUGGCCAAGAAGCCCCGGAAGUGCAGCCUUUGUCACCAGCCUGGGCACACCCGCCCCUUCUGUCCCCAGAACAGAUGAGGCCAGGGUAGGGGCCAGAGAGCCACUUCCUCCACCUGCCCCUUCCACCUCCAGAAGUGGUGGAUCCUGAAGUCUGGCCUAUAUGCUAAGAAGUCAGGAUCCAGACCACGCUCUUGAGAAGUGGCCCUCUGCCUGGGGCUCAGGAACAGCUGUGGCCCCUGCCGAGAAGUCAUGGAAGCUGCUCCUGUGGUCCCCUGGGGGCUGUGCUGUUAACGCGUUGGCAAAAGUCAGCGCGCCCAGCAGCUGAGCCUGCGGCCUGGGGUUGGGUGGCCUGCACGGGGCCUCCCUCCACAGACGUCCCAAGGAGGGGACAAGGCCAGGCGGUGGCUCUUGUUCUGAAGCUGCACCCACAGAAGCAGGUUCAUUCCCCUUUACCAGGGAACUGCUGCGGCCAGGACGCCCGCAGCUCGUGUGCCUUAAUGAAGGAUUCUGCCCCUUGACCCCAGCAGGUGACAGUGUGGCGUCUGGUGAAUAUUGGCAGGAGCCAUGGGUACGGACAUCACCCAGAGCCUGGCGGCCCUCCCGCCGUCUGCUGGCCCACAUGGCCUCCCUCAGCCCGGCCCCGCUCCCUGUCCACGUGGUCGGCAGUGAGUCCAGCUCUCCUGGCCCCACCGUGGUCCUAUGGGUCAGAGAGGAGCUGGUGUGAGAUUCAGAUCUCUCCACACCGUGCAGAGCCUGCCACAUGCCUCAUGUGUCCUCACAAAACCUCGGGAACAAUACAUAGCCAUGUUGGCUUCGUUCUGUGGUUUGGACAACACACAGGAAUAGGCUGUGAGUUGCGCAGAGUCAUGUUGCUCAUGGGUGAAGCAAUGAACUGUCCUCAGGCCUUGGGACUCCAGGCUCCUACCCUUCCUGGAUACCAGCGCUCCACCCUGGCUGGACAGCAGGAUGCCUGGACUCGCUCCAGGAGCGUCUGGUCGGCGGGUGUGGGUCACGGCCCUGCGGCCCAGCCUGCUCCAUCUCCGUGGUUUCACCUCUUCUGAAUGUUCCGUAUACGUGGAGCCAUAUGGGACGUGGCCCUGUGUCUGCUGCUUCCUCUGGGCGUCGUGUCUUCCAGGGUCACCCCUGUGGUCCUGUAUUCAGUGCUCUGUCCUUUCUAUGACUGAGUGAUGUUCCAUGGUGUGGCUGGACCACAAUUUGUUCAUCUGUUCUUCAGUUGAUGGACACUUGGGCUGUUUCCACCUCCCAGCUGUCAUGAGCAGUGUUGCUAUAAACCUUGUACGAGCGUUUAAA